AUGGGUUCCAGUGCGAAGAAGAAGAGGGAGAAGAAGAAGGAUUUCCAGAAGCCGAAGCUGAAAGUCGGAAAAGCACGGCCAAAAGCAGCUAAUCACACCGAAACCAGCUUCCGAUCAAAAGCCAUUGUGCUCAAUCAGCAAUCCUUGCAUAUCGAGGCUCCAUCUACAGUGUGCCAGUUCGGCCAUCAUCUGUCUUUGCUGUCAUCACGAGCCGAUGCACAACGGCGAGACUCUUUGGCAUAUCUGACUUCGUUUGUGACCUCUCGACCUGUCGACUCUUCACUUCCGCAGCCAUUGAGCACUGUUCUGCCCAAAAUAUUUCCUCUUAUCCUCGAUGGAAGCAACGGUGUUCGCCAGCAAACCCUCAGACUGCUCCGAGCUCUACCGCGGAGUGAAAUGUCCGACCACGUUGCAGAAAUCCUACCAUACAUUCGAGCUGGCAUGACGCAUCUUGCCGCUGAUAUUAGACUUUUCUCUGUCGAAGUGUUGGCCUGGUCAACUGACAUUGCUUCGGAUGAAGUUGUAUCCUGUGCAGGUGGAUGGGUCAAGACUCUAAACUGCUUCCUCACUUUACUCGGCUGGCACAACCAAGAUUCCGCUAAGUGGUCUACCAACCGUGUAUCCUUUGGCAAGGCUGGGUCUGAGGGUAAGGCACAAUCUCGCAAUCUACAAGUCCUGGCAGAUUUCUUGAAAGCCGGCUUCAGUACCGGCAGCGACUUGUCUGAGACAGAUGACAAUCUGGAAUCGCGGUUCCCUUUUCCGAGGUGGCAUCCAGAGCAGCACGGGUUGCCAACGAGAUCAAACGCUUAUGGCUACCUAAAUCUGUUCGGACCUCCAAAAGACGAUGAUACGGAUAUGCUUGAAGAUCGGGAAGAUCGUAUCAGAGUGUUUAAGGAGAGGUUUGCUUCUAGCAUGGAAGCCGGACUUGCUUCAGCGAGAAAAGAUGCUGGUGAAGUCGGAAGGGCUACCGGGUUGGUUACCAAAGCUCUGAAGGAUACCGAGGCGGGCUGA